CAGGGAGAAUUUUGUUGGAAGUUAGAAAGUUUUGCAGCCUCCAGAGGGCUGUAGCGGCAGUAGCAGAAGCAGCAUCCAAGGGACUCCUGGAAGGGGAAGAGAGGGAGCGAGCGAGCGACUGACUCAGUCCUGCUGCAGAGAACUGACUCGAGACGACGGAGGCAGACAUGGAACAUCAGCUGCUGUGCUGCGAGGUGGAGACCAUCCGACGAGCCUACCUAGAUGCCAACCUCCUCAAUGACAGGGUGCUGCAGACAAUGCUGAAGGCGGAGGAGACCUGCUCGCCCUCCGUCUCCUACUUCAAGUGCGUGCAGAAAGAAAUCUUGCCAUAUAUGAGGAAAAUAGUUGCCACUUGGAUGUUGGAGGUUUGCGAGGAGCAGAAGUGCGAAGAGGAAGUUUUCCCCUUGGCUAUGAAUUAUUUGGACAGAUUUUUGUCGUUUGAACCCCUCAAGAAAAGCCGAUUGCAAUUGCUCGGAGCUACCUGCAUGUUUGUGGCUUCAAAAAUGAAGGAAACUAUUCCUCUGACCGCAGAAAAACUGUGCAUUUAUACAGAUAACUCCAUUAGACCCGACGAAUUACUGCAAAUGGAGCUGCUUCUGGUGAAUAAGCUGAAAUGGAAUCUGGCCGCAAUGACCCCCCACGAUUUCAUUGAACAUUUCCUUACUAAAAUGCCUCUGGCAGAGGACACCAAGCAGAUCAUCCGUAAACAUGCUCAGACUUUUGUGGCUCUGUGCGCUACAGAUAUUAAAUUUAUUUCAAACCCACCUUCCAUGAUCGCAGCUGGCAGUGUGGUAGCAGCUGUGCAAGGCCUGCAUCUGGGGAACACUAACACUUUCCUCUCCUAUCAAUGCCUCACACAUUUCCUAUCACAAGUUAUCAAAUGUGAUCCGGAUUGUUUACGAGCGUGCCAAGAACAGAUUGAAUCCCUCCUUGAAUCCAGUCUACGUCAGGCACAGCAGCACAACGUAUCUUCAGAAACAAAGACUGUAGAGGAUGAAGCAGACCUUUCCUGCACACCUACUGAUGUGCGAGAUGUGAACAUUUAAGAGGACUUCUUCUUCUAAUGGGUUUGCUUGGCGAGAAAAGCAGACAAAGAAAGGGCAUCUGAGAAGGAAUCAGCAUCAGGAUCUCCCCCCCAGAAACCCUUUUCUCCAGGACAUUUUUAUACCAGAAGGGAAAACCAGUCUUGUUAUAUUUUUUCUUGCUCUGUCUCCCUUCCAUCUGUGACUUCAAACAAACAAAUAAACAAAAAAUACCCCAAAAACUGUCUUAAAAAAAGAAAAAAAUAGUAUUUGCAUUACCCCCAGGGGUUUGUGCUACAAAAAUAGAGGAUUUUAUACAAUAAUAAUCAACUAGUUUUUAUAUUAAAGUGUUCUUGUCUGUAUGUUGUAAAAAUAGGCAUUAACACACAAAAUGUCUCCAGGGGAGGUAUUAGAUUCGAUUUCUUACAUAUAAAACCAACCAACCAACCAUUUUUAAAGUAGAAGAGGGUUUUUUUUUU